AAAGGCAGAGAUAUUCUCGGUAGACACAAUUGCAAUCUUCCCUGUGCUUAUCAUCUCUACCCUUUAUAUCACUUCUCAUUAGGAUAUCUCUACAAUGGCCCACCAAAACCGCCUUGCAAACGCGCACGUCCUCGUAUUUGGGGGAACAUCAGGCGUCGGCUUCGCCAUUGCCAACAUGGCCCUCUCCUCCGGGGCCAAAGUCACCAUUUCAGGCUCCAGCCAGCCCAAGGUUGACGCCAAAGUCGAGCUUCUGCGUUCCAUGUAUCCAAACACGCCCGCUACCAAUGUAGCAGGCUUCGCCGCCGACCUGACCGAUAAGGCCAACCUCGAAAAAAACCUGAGCGCAGUACUAGACAAAGCAACCGAAAACGGAAAGAAUAAAAUCAACCACAUUAGUUUCACAGCCGGAAACGCCAUCACUACAUUCAAGAUUGGUGAACUGGAAACAAGUACUGCGCUCGAUGCCUUUACCGUCCGCUUCCUCGCUCCGUUCGCCUUGGGGAAACUCAUUGCCAACGGCGACUACAUGCCCAAAUCUCCCUCCAGCUCCAUCGCCUUGACCGCUGGUUCAAGCACGCACCGCCCAUCUCCAGGUUGGACUAUGACCGCAGCCAUAGGUGGCGCCCUCGAGGGCUUAACACGAGGUCUUGCGGUAGAGCUGGCUCCGAUUCGAGCCAAUCUCGUAGCCCUUGGUGGCGUAGAUACGGAGCUGUUUCAGAGUCUUACUACUGGGAUUCCGGCUGAGUAUAUUGAUCAGAUGAAGAAGGGAAUGAGUCUGACGGGGGAGAUUGGUCGGCCAGGAGACAUUGCUGAGGCGUACGGAUGGAUCAUGAAGGAUAGGUCUGCCAAUGGCGCGCAGGUAAAUAGCGAUGGUGGGCAUUGUCUUGUUGGUUCCACAUCAUAACUUCCUUUGCUGUAACUAGUGACAUGUAAAAAGUAGCACAGCUUAAUCUAUGCUGAUUUCCAGUCCCCCAUAUUGUACUUCCUGUCUGACGCGAUCUGACACUCUACAAUCUGCCACAAGGCCUCUGAAACCUCGC